AGCACCCUAACACUUGUUUUUAAUUAGAAAGACUCUAUCUUAUCAAAAAAAAACAAAUUAGAAAUACUCUAGCAGCAUCAGCAUGGAAUGUCCCCUAUUAACCAGAUAAUCAAUCAGCUUGGUGAUUGCAUGUUUACAUUACAUACGUGUUGGGCCGUGGGUCGUCUCCAGCCCACCUUAAAGCCCAAUCUGCUGCAGAUCAAGUCAUGGUAACAACGGGGCAACAAUCGCUAAUUAGCAGGAAGAAACCAAUCGUUCGAAUCGUGGCUCAUUCUACAUCUCCUAAUUUCUCACUCUCUCCCUUUGUUUUUGUUUUUUAAUUAUUCUCUUUUGGGUUUCUCACCUUCACUCUUCGUCAGUUCGUCACCCUUUUGGCUCGAUCGCGCGGCGUGGGCUUCUAAUUUUCCCAUCUCCUCUCAGCUGCGGCAGCUCCUCCGGUCCCUGGCGAUCUCCCGGUUCUCUGCGCCCCCUCCUGCUUCACCGUAUCCACUUCGUUCCCUGCCCAUCUCCUCGUAAGUUCUCCUUUUCACGCCUUUCUCCUCUUCGCCGCAUCUCAUCCCUCGCUAGUUAUCUAGGGUUCCCUUUCUUUCCAUUUUGACUGUUCCGAUUGUUGAAUUGUCCCUGUAAGUCCGAAUCGAAUGCUGCGUUUAUUCGCUUCUCUUAUGAUUUGCUACUGUUCGUUUGUGGUGUGUGAUUGCUGGUUUUGAUUCGUGGUUGCGUAUUUGCUCUGUUGGGGGAAUGGGGGAACGUUUUGAGAUAUGGGAUUUGGUGGGUUAGUGAAGUUAUUCAGUUAUUCUGUGAUCUGUUGAGUCAUAGAAGCGUGUGGAUUACUUGUGCCUCCCACGGGCCACUGGGGAUUACGAAAAGUUGUGGUUUUUUCCCUCCGGAUUGGAGGGCUUUGACGCUAGUAAUAAAUUGAAUUCAUGUUUUCAUACAUAAACGCUGCUUCUAUGCUUUCGUUAAUCUGGAUGGUGUCUCGAUGUCUGGGAGUGUUGUGUUUGAGCUGGAAUGUCUGGAGAAACUAUACGGAGUUAUAGGAUGCCCAAAGUUAAAAACUUGCGUAUGGGAUUUCAUUUUCAACGUAUGCCCAGCGUUUUUUAUAGGAUUCAGAAAAAAAGAAGCUAUAUCGUGAAGGCGGGACUGGUAGAUAAACAGAGUCAGUAAAAUGGCUGGAUAAACCCUGCUUGCUUAUUAAUUAUGAUAGAUGAACCUUGUUUUUUUUAUUAGCGAGAAAUCGAAAGAGCUGUUGAAUUUGUGAUUAUGUGUAGGAUUUGGUUUCAUUUGGUUGUUGCUUGGCCUGUUGUCUAUUUCCUCCGGUACAGUCUCAUUGUUGCUCUUUUUCUUCUUGCAAUGUGCUUCAGAGAAACAGAUAGUGAGCAAAAUGGCUGGAGGAGGGGUUAUCCGCCAGCUUCUUCAGAGGAAACUCCAUUCUCACUCCAUGGUUCCUUCGGUUUCAUCUUUCUUCAAUUCAAAGAAAGGUCAUGAGGAGGCUGGAUCUUUUGGAGAGAAGUCCCUGAGAGCAUUGGCACUUGUUGGAGUUGGUCUCUCUGGGCUUCUGGGUACUGCAGUUGUAUCUGCUUCAGAUGAGGCCGAGCAUGGCCUAGCUUCACCAACCUAUCCAUGGCCUCACAGUGGCAUCCUGAGCUCUUAUGACCAUGCUUCGAUUCGACGUGGCCACCAGGUUUAUACGCAAGUCUGUGCUUCUUGCCACUCCAUGUCCCUUAUAUCAUACCGUGAUCUGGUGGGUGUUGCUUACACAGAAGAGGAAGCAAAGGCUAUGGCUGCUGAGAUUGAAGUUGUCGAUGGUCCCAAUGAUGAAGGUGAGAUGUUCACCCGCCCAGGAAAACUGAGUGACCGUUUCCCUCAGCCAUAUCCAAAUGAAUCUGCUGCUAGAUUUGCUAAUGGAGGUGCAUAUCCUCCAGAUCUGAGCCUCAUCACAAAAGCUCGUCACAAUGGCCAGAAUUACGUCUUUGCUCUCUUAACUGGGUACCGUGAGCCUCCUGCUGGAAUUUCGAUUCGUGAGGGCUUGCACUACAAUCCUUACUUCCCUGGUGGAGCUAUUGCUAUGCCCAAGAUGCUCAACGAUGGUGCUGUUGAGUAUGAAGAUGGCACCCCAGCAACCGAGGCUCAGAUGGGCAAAGAUGUCGUGUCUUUCUUGUCAUGGGCUGCGGAACCUGAAAUGGAAGAGAGGAAACUGAUGGGAUUCAAGUGGAUAUUCCUACUAUCCUUGGCUUUGCUUCAGGUCGGCUACCACCGACGUAUGAGGUGGUCGGUCCUCAAGUCUCGCAAGUUGAUCGUUGACGUUGUCAACUAAGUUUGUUCUUUCUUCAUCCGGUUUAUCCUUCUCCGUUUUGGGGGGAAAUUUGGGCAAAUAAUUUGGUAAUUCCUUUUUUUGCCAGAGAAAUUGAGUAGGGUUCUACUUUCUACUACACUGCCAUGUUAAACUGUGGUCGGUUUUCUAUUAGAGUGGGGUGGAGUGAAAACGAUCCCUCCAUAAAAACCAGCAUUCCUUAUCCUCUUUAUAUUUCUUAUUAUGUCUCUCUUUCUUUCUAUUUUAUGGUUCCAGGAAGAAAAUAAGGCAAAUCCCAGCUCAUAUAUAUGAUCAUUAUGUAAACACCACAUUUUGAAGUGGACAUGAGAAUUUGUGUUUAGAACUUGGUUUCUACUAUGAGAUGUGGAUGCAACUUUUGCACAGGACUACAGAGCUGAUUUCUUGUUGUUUUGUCUGAAAUCGGAAUGUUUUUUGCUCUUUAGGAUGUUAGAUUAGGGUGGUGCUUAUAUUCGAAGUAGUUGAUGACCUUUCUCUUGAAUCAGAAGAGGCUUAAUCUAAAGCCCAUUUUGGAUAUGGACCAAUACUACACUCCAACAAGAGGCCAUAUCGAUGGACGAUGGCAGAUUCUCACCAGGGUUAUGUUGCUGAAUGGUGUUGGCGGUCGUGUAGUAUCUUGAUUGGGGUCGAAUAGUUUGGGUGGUGAUGUACAGUUUCGUUACUCGUUUGUGCUUUCAUUUGAUCCUCAAUGUGCACCCUAAGCAACCAUCCAUUUUAGUCCACGAAUCCGCCAUUGAUGUUGCGGCCAUAAAAGGGAAUUCGGGUUGCGGUUCCCUCAUGCCUAGUCUUACCUCAUCUAGACUAGGCAGGCAAGACGGGCUAGAUGAAUUGGUAAGAUUGGUUGGCGAUGGACUCGUCCGAUCGAUGAACCAUGUGAGGGGUCGGGUUAAGGGUCUAACUAGACCACGUUGACUUCUUUUGUAGAGUUUAUCACAUUGUUAUGGUUAUCAUGUCGUUAUGUGGUGCAUCCAUAGAGGCAAGUCAGGCAACUCCUCCUUCCUCCAAUCUUCCCAGUUUCUUAUCACCUUUAGUAUCAAUCUGGUAAGGGGAUGAAGUGGACAUUCCAGGGUGUCUGAUUGGAAGACAAAGAUGGAAGUGAUAGGAUGGAUAGAGCAUCCAUCAAUCUCAUUGGGCCAACUAAACCCUAAUCAAACAAAGAAAUAUAUAUCUUGUUAUGGUAAUUUGGUUUUGUGGGGUUUGGCUUUCUUUCGUUGUCAGGAAAUCUUGGAAGGAAGAUCCGCUUGAUCAUCCCACCAUCCACGCGUCCUCAUCGUACAACUAAAGACUUCACCCCUUUCUUUCCAUUGGUUUCCAAUGGAACAAAACAAUUAUGGGAAAGAAAGGCCUACCUUCCCCCUUUUCCUUAUCCGUCCACUCACCUUCAAGUGUCCGGACUUUGUAGAAUGUAGACCCCAAAAAAUGAAUAAAGAUGUGUACUAAUUUUGCUAAACCCCAAAAAAUAAAGGAUGUUAAUAAAAACUGUUUUAAAAU